UCUUAGGUUUGUGCAGUCACGUUUAAAGUUCUUGUUGCUAAUAGAGACUGAGUAAAAAUAAAGUUGGAUAUGCAUGGUGGCAUCUGGCAUUGGAGAGCCAUUGGUGUGUGUGCCAGUCUGACUUUCCUGGCAGCAGUGGUAAAUGGAGACUUCCAGCUACCAGUAACAGAGUCUCCCGAGAGCCAAUGGACAGGUCGUUGGAUGCCACAUCCUCCAUACAGUGAACAUGUAGACAUUCAUGAUCGUGAACAUGUAGUUCGCAUGGGUGUGGUAACUACCGAAUGUGAUGAUGCUAAGACAAAUCUCACCCUGGACUGGGACUAUUCUCCAGCUGAUUACACUUGCUACACUUACAACAGAAAAUAUCUUCCAGAUAGGAGAAUUAAACCAAUUUUGGAAUGUGAAAAUAUUCCCAUGUACUAUUCAGCUCGACAUGAAUGUAUGAAUAAGUCAAUACAUUAUGAGUCAGCCAUACCUACGUAUGGCACUCACCGACCGCUUUGGCCACAGUAUGGUGAAUACAAGUUUGUACCUCGACAACGAUGGGUCCACAACUUGGAGCAUGGGGCUGUCGUGAUGUUGUAUCAUCCUUGUGCCAACAAAUUGGAAGUGAAUCGCCUGAGAUAUUUGGUUAAGAAUUGUCUCCGUAGGCACGUCAUUACUCCACUGGCAUUACUGGAUGAAGAAAGGCCUUUGGCCCUGGUGACUUGGGGAUGUCGACUAACCAUGUCAACUGUUCAAGCUGGUAUAGUAAAGAACUUCAUCAAACAGCAUGCUCUACGAGGACCUGAGAAAUUAUCAAGAGACGGGCAGUAUAAUUUGGAUUUGGAGGUCCCUGCAGUCAUUCUCACUGAUGUAGAGGAUUCUGUCUUAUGUCCAAGACAUUGAUUUUGGGUACCACAACAUUGUAAAGCAAGCUAUCUACACACACAGUAUUUCUAACGAACAAUUUCAUUCACUGUUGACUGCGACUCAUACUGAAUUGAUUCUGUUACGAACUCUACUUUACUUUGUGCAGCUGUUUUGUGUUUCGUGUUGCUGUCUGUGUGUCACAGACAUACACCUUGCGUUUGACACGGUAGUAUUUCAGACUGUAAGUUCCGAGUUAAAUCAAUAGACUCGUGUAACUUCCAUUCAUUUGUCAGACUUCACAUUUGAGUAGCAGAACUGAAUGAAGAUGGUAGAGGUAACUCAAUUCUGAAAGUUUGUGAUGAUGGUGCGUUGUUGAAGCAAACUGUUUUCUGGACAUUAUUCAUCGUCCAAGACUAAAUAAAACCGUGACGUUUCGGAGAUAGAGCUAAUCCCUAUCUCCGGACCCAUCCGGAGAUAGGGAUUAGACCUAUCGAUUGGGCCCAACGGUAGGUUUUACCCGAAGACGGAGAUAUACUCCCAUCUCCGAAAUGUUGUGGUUUUAUUGGUUUUAUUUAGUCUUGGACUAUGGAUAAUGUCCAGAAAAAAGUUUGCUUCAAUGGUAGAGGUAAAGUUGUUCCUGGUGCUGAAGUAAGUACCAGGUCAUGCAGGCAUAUGUGGAGUGGAGAUGUAAUCCACUUAUUCUUAAUCUUGUCACUAGAUGCAGUUGAAUAAAGAAUUGACACAUCCA